CCAUGGCGAGCCCCGGGGUGAUGGUGCAGCACCCCAACGAGAAUGAGGGUCCACGCAUACUCGGAGCGACCUUAACCGUCACCAUACUGGCUUUCGUCACCAUGUUGUCACGUCUUUGUGUAAGGAUCAAGAUCAUUCACAACGUCGGUUGGGAUGACUAUAUGAUGAUCUUUGCUACAGUUUUGGUUGUCGCAGGCCAGUGCCUCAUUUUCCCGCAGGUCUAUUAUGGCGGCGGGAGACACAUUGAUCACUUGGACCCUAAAGAUUUCCAAACUGCGUUCAAACUCAACUUCGCUACGCAACCAUUGUAUCUCGUUGCCAUAUGCGUUGUCAAGCAGUCAAUUGGGUUCUUCCUUCUACGUAUAGCCGCCACUAAGGUCUACAAGCGCAUCAUCGCUGGUAUAAUGGGAUUCAUGGCAUUCUACACGACAGGAUGUUUCUUCACAAUCAUGUUUCAGUGCACGAACCUUGCUGUUCAGUGGGAUCCUACAGUAAAAGGUACCUGCUGGACCAAGGAAACAAUCCAAUCGUUGAGUUAUGCAAAUCUGGCCCUAAACAUUCUCACGGAUUUGCUCUUUGCGGUCGUCAUACCAAUUCCUAUGCUCUGGCAUGUACAGAUGAAUCGUCGACAGAAGUCUACCAUCAUCGGUAUCCUCGGUCUAGGCAUCUUCGCCACCGCCGCUGCCUUGAUCAAAACCGCCUACAUUCCGGAAUACGGCAAAGAGGGGGAUUGGUUAUGGGACAGCCGCAACAUCACCAUCUGGACUGUGGUCGAAUGCAACGUCGGUAUUGUCGCCGGUAACCUGCCUUGCCUCAAACCCCUCUUCACUCGCGUUCUCGGUUCUACGUACGGUCGCGGCUCGCGCAACACAGGCUCGAAGGGCAUCUCUCGCACAUACGGAGGAGGAACGGGCCACCACACUGCGAAGAAAAGUGGAUUCAACUCAUUGUCUUCGAGCAAAGCAAGAGAUAAUGAUGGGUAUAUGGGCAAAGAUGAGAGUUACAUCAUGACCACCAUCGGAGCAGAUAAGAAGAGAAGCCCAAGUAGUAUCGGUAACGCCUACGACCCCGAAAGCCCUGGAAAAACUAGUGAAGAGAGUAUUCUGCCUGAUAAUGAGAUAACUCCUACGUCGUGGAGAAUGGGGGGAGGAAUCUUGAGAACGACCGAGGUCUCGCACGAAGUUGGCAUGCCCAAAGGAACGUCACGAGAUGGCCCCGAAAGAAGGGUCAAUCAAAUGGUAUAA